GCAUGUGCUCGGCUUAUUCCGUCUUUCAGGUUGGGGAUGUGCUCGAAUCCUAAGAUUUGGCUCACUUUGCUGAACAUUCGGCUGACAGAUGCCACGUGGAUUUUGUUUUGACUCUAGCCGCAGUCAACACAGAGGAAAUGAAGAUACUGGUUUGACGCGGCGAGGGCCCUGCCGCCGUGAUAAAUGCAACGAAUUCACCUAUUUUCAGCAGUAAUUUCCAGACUUCACGUUGCUUACGAAUUCCUUUGCACUGGAAAGCAAAAUAGUAUGAAAUGGAAAAGCUCUCGACUAAACUAAAAAUAAAUCUGAUUUAAAAUAUAUUUGCCAAGAGACAAUAUUAUGGAAAUGAUCAACUUUUAACCUCUUUUGUACGUACUUCAAUAUCUUUAGGCAAGUUAAUUAGAACUGCGCAUUGUUCUUUUAUGGCGCUAGGAUGAGGGGGUGUCUCAAUGGUUCUGCGAUUUUGUACAAACCAGCUGACUCAAACGAUGCGAAAUCCUUCCAGUUUUUAGCUAGAGUGACUUUAUUUAUGUUGACUUACAGAAAGUGACAGUUCAUCAGCUCCCACCCUCAGUCGGGGAAGUCUGAAACCUGAGGGUAUAAUUCUGCCAAAUGGUUCCUAGCACAUGGACUAAAGAAGAGUCAACGCAAAACAAAACAGAAGUUUGUUUCUAUUGAAAAGUUAACUUAAUAUCACUUAUGUCUGUCUGGCCUUAAUAUGAAAAAUUGACUCACAGGGCUGGCCAGUUUGGAGUUGGUCGCUUGGGAUGUUAUCAAAUUGCUUUAGCGGAGUACUGGCCAGAGUGUGAAGACGUCUGAGAGAAUAGUUUAUCUUCCGUUUUCAAGAAAACAACACCAGCCAUAUCCUUAAGAGUACUGCGAAGGAAGUCUAUUGGACCAAGAUUCCAAAUGCAAAUGGAUGGAAGUGCCAAGGCCCAAUCUUCUCUCAAAGAUGCUUAUACCAAUUGCACAGCCGAAAAGUUUUCACCAUGUACAAUACCUCAGCCCCUUCAUUUAUUGCAUUAUCAAAAGCAGUUGUUUCUUCAAAGUGACUUGCCUGCAUCAGAAGCCACUCAUAGGCUUCUCUUGCCUGAGGAUCAUCUUCUAGAGAAAAGGAGGAGAGUGUUUUCUAGCCCAGAGGUAGCAGGAAAAUUUGCACUUCACCUGCUUUGUUUUGCAGUUUUUGCUGUAGCUGUACUGGGUUUGCUUCACUGGGAUGACAAUUUGCAGUUAUUCCAAGGAAACAGUUCCAAAGAUGAUGAUCAGAGAACUCAAGGCUCUCCUUGGAAGUUGUGUGUGUCCUGUGAUGUCACAACCGAGUCAUCUGACAUUUAUCCACUUUACAGACGAUUUGCACGGAGCACAAAACAAAGGAAAGACAAACAGGAAAAAGUCUUGCUGGCUGUCUACCAGAGAAUGACAGAAGUAAAAGAAAUAUUACUGCCUUGUGAAUCGCUUGUUAAAGUAACCAAUUAUGUUCUGAGGGAAGCUUUGGGGAACACUUUGAAUUUCUUUCCACUUCCAACCUGUGAUCAGAGGCUGAAUAACCAGAUUACCAAAAUUAAUCCACUCAAUCUCAUUAGGAUUAAGAUAAAGCCACAGUUGCUUUACCAAGUCUUACUCUUCCUGAAAGAGCUGGAUUUGCUGAUGGAUGGUCAUCAAGCAACAUCAUUCUUUAUUGUGAAGAAGUUAAUGAUUAAUAAGCAAGAAAUGAUAUUGGGAAAGACAAGUAAGAACAAUAAUGAACAUGUCUUAAAAUGGCUGAAAAGGAACAGGACCCACAGAAAGUCCUUUAUACCAGUGGAUUGCCCAGAUAAAGCCCCGUAUUUAUUACCCUGGAAUCCUGGACAUCAUGAAUAUAAGAAGGUUAAGAUUGGAAGGGGAAUGUUCCUAAAACUGGAGUCUUCUGCUUCGCUACAUUCCAUUACUGUAGAGAAUGGGGGUAAACUCGUGUUUAAGGAUGCGCUGAAAUCUCCCAUCACUCUGAAAGUCCGCUAUAUUCUGAUAAGGAAUGGAGGAGAGCUGCAUAUCGGAUCGGACAGAUGUCCCUAUAACUCCACCGCCACCAUCACUCUCUACGGAAAGUCGACAGAUGCAUUAAACGUGGGGCAUUUUGGUCAGAAGUUCAUUGGUGUGGAUAAAGGGGGCGUUUUGGAGUUACAUGGAAGAAAAAGCUUGUCUUGGACAGCUUUAGCCCGAACCCUCUACCCCAGCGGUUUGCAGUCUGGAGUUUACCGCUUCGACAAGUACUGGGGCAACAGGGGCAUUAACAUCAGGGUGGUGGACCAAGGCACGGCUAAGGUGCUGGCAGCCCACCGUUUCGACACUCAUCUCUGGGGUAAUGAGAGCAGGCGGCUGCAGGAGUUCCUGCGUCGCCAACCGAGAGGGCGAGUUGUGGCGAUCGCGGUCGGGGAUUCGGCCUCCAGGAGAUUAACGCUGUCCGCCAGAAAUGACAUAACCGAACUAUUGGGGAGCAAAGAGGCGAGGUAUCUGGGCUUCAGACAACCAUGGGCUGCUGUUGGAGUUAUUGGUGAAUCAUCAGCUGUGGAAGAUAUACAACUAUAUCAACCUAAUGGGUCAACUGAUAUGGCUGUAGCUAGAAGAGCAUUUCAGACAUAUGAUGGGAUCCAUUUCACAGUUACUGCCUUCAGUGAGUGGGUGAGAGGUAUACCUCACUGUGGUUUUCGUGUGGAUGUGUCAAAUGGUGUUAUUGCUAAUUUAAUGGAUGAUGUCUCAAGUUGGUUGCCUGGUGAUCAAAUAGUCAUUGCAAGCACUGAUUACUCUAUGGAUCAGGCAGAAGAAUUUAAUCUCCUUCCCUGUCCUGAGUGCAAUAUUUAUCAGGUUAAAAUUGAUAAACCGCGUUAUCUUCACAUGGGUGAAGUUACAGAUGGAAUAGAUAUGAGAGCAGAAGUUGGACUUUUAAGUAGAAACAUCCUUAUUAAAGGAGAAGUGGAGGACUCCUGUUACGGACAAAACUUCUGCCACUUUUUCAGCUAUGAUACAUUUGGUGGGCAGAUAAAGAUCCUAAGAAACUUCGCCUCAGUUCACUUGUCUGGCAUAGAGUUGACUCACAUGGGCCAGCAGAUACUUGGGAGUUACCCAAUACAUUUCCACCUAGCCGGAGACGUGGAUCAAGAAGGUGGAUAUGAUCCACCAACCUAUGUGGACAACGUAGCCAUUCAUCACUGUUUCUCUAGAUGUGUUGUUAUACAUGCAACAAAUGGUUUGCUGGUCAAAGAUACAAUAGGGUAUGACACAUUAGGUCAUUGUUUCUUCCUGGAGGAUGGUGUGGAACAGAGGAACAUACUAUAUCACAAUCUGGGUCUCCGUACCAAGCCAGGCACUAUCCUCCCUUCUGAUCGCAAUGAAAUUAUGUGUGUUUCAAUCCGUAAUCAAGUGUGUGGAAAUUAUGUUCCUGUACCAAAUACUGACUGCAUGGGUGUUACAACUUUCUGGAUCUCCAAUCCAAACAACCACCUCAUCAACAAUGCAGCAGCUGGUGCUCAGGACGUGGGGAUAUGGUAUAUUUUCCAUCGUGCCCCUACCGGAGAAUCGGUUGGCAAAUAUCCAGAGGGCCAAUCAGAAUUUACUCCUUUGGGAAUAUUUUAUAACAACAGAGUACAUUCCAACUUCAAGGCUGGUCUCUUUAUUGACAAUGGUGUGAAGACUACCAAGUGCAAUGACAAAGAUCCCCGGGAAAUUCUUGCCAUAGACUUUGCCAGGUUUCGCCCACAUCAGAAUGCUGACCCAAGACAGCCACGUGUUCCUGCUGUUAUUGAUGGUCUUAUAGCCUUUAAAAACAAUGACCACGGAGCAUGGGCUAGAGGGGGAGACAUUAUAUUCCGCAACUCUGGGUUCGCUGACAAUGGGAUAGGUCUGACUCUAGCAAGUGAUGGAACGUUUCCAACUGAUGAAGGAUCAAGCCUAGAAGUGACAAGAUCAGUCUUUGUUGGUGAAAGCGUUAAUGUGGGUUACAAUGGCGGGCAAAACAGAUACUGGGGAAAGGGUGCACAUGGAGAGUACAGAACACUGCCAAGAAACGGAACAUUUCCCAUCCGUGGAUUCCAGAUCUAUGAUGGUCCGGUCCGGCUGACACAGUGCACAUUUAAGAAAUACUUAUCUGUCCAUGACAGGUACUGUAGUGCACUUGGAUUCUUUAUGAGGAACCCCUGGCAAAUCAGUCCCCAAAAUAAUGUAUCUCAAGUCAAGUUGGAGAGUAGUGUUAAUCUUGAAGUAUUUUUUGGCAAACCAGGACAGUGGUUUGGAACCAACAGCCUCGAUGGCGACAGGACUUCUAUUUUCCAUGAUUUGGAUGGUUCAGUGACUGGAUUUCCCGAUACAUUUGUAGCAAGGGCUGACAACUACUUGGUCCGCCAUCCAAGCUGCCUUAGUGUACCAAGGUGGAAUGGUGUCAUUUGCACUGGCAAGUAUGCCCAGCUUUAUGUUCAAGCCUGGCAUCCAGAGAAUCCAUCUCUCUUGAUUAUGAAGGAUUUGUAUCCAAACCACCCACUGAAGCUUCAGGGUGUGAAUCGUAGGGCACCCUAUCAGCAGUACCAGCCGGUCGUCAUGCUUGAACAAGCCUACACAUUAUUGUGGAAUGGUAGUACACCUGAGCAGAUUGUCCUCUACCCAAUUAACUUUAACAGGGGGGACUGGAUACAAGUUGGCCUUUGUUAUCCCAGAGGAACAAUUUUUAAAGUUAUGUCAGAUAUAAACCAACGAGCGAAUGGAAGAUUACACAGUGUGAAACGAUAUAAAGCGGCGUCAUCCUUAAGCAUUCUUCAAAGUUACCCAAGCAAGAGCCUGUAUUUUUUUGACAUCAAUUCUGGGAUUCUUUAUAUUAUCCUCCAAGCAAAACAUGUACGGAAAGGUCAUAGUUACUGCUCCAAAUAUGGGUGUGAGCGAGUGAGGAUCUUGGCACACAUCAACUCCUGGGAAACCAGCUCCUGCUUGCAAAUGGGUUUUUCAAAGAAAGACACAAGUGAUCUAGGCCACCUCUUGCCUCUCACUGAGCGAGUAGCUGCUGCCUGCAGCCAGUGUGGUGCUCCACAGGUUGCUAUCACCAGUGAUCCACACAGAACCUACAUCAGAGUCCAGAUACAAUCACAGAGCAGAAAAGACAUACAAAAUGGCCGUAAAUUUGCUUUCAUUAAGGUAAAUGAUGAUAUUUUCCUCUUUGAGAAGCCGGGGCUUUUCUUUGUCACAGUUGAUGCAUGUUCUGGAGCAAUAGUGAGCAGACAACAUUUUGACACAGUCCAGGCACUAUCAGCAGCUGACUCCAUUGCUAAUUACAUCCAUCAAACUAUUCCAGAAAGGUCAAUUAUUCUUGUUUGUUCAAGAGAUGAUUCUGGCUGGUCACUAUUCCAAGUGUCUUCAGCUUUCCUCAGACUAGGUGCUGCAAAGCCUAUCAAUUUUUUCAUGGAAGGAAGUUUUGCUAUGUUAGGAUUCAAGGGCCAGCUGAACCCAGCAUGGAUUAAAAUUAUAAGCCAGAGUGUUGGGCAGCUGGCUGCCUCACUGGAGCAGUAUGUUCCAUUGAACCUCCAUGGAUACGCCUGUCCUGGAAAAGUGAAGGAAAAUCGGAGAGAUUUAAAGUUGUUUCAAGACUUAAUAUCCCUAAUCUAAUUUAUAAGUAAUGGGAAGGAAGGGAGAAAAUUGUUGAAAUGUUGACAAUUUAAUUUUUGUAUCAUUUCUAUAAAUAAAUAUUAUGUACAUGAGCAGUGAGUAAAUGGUUUUACAUAAAGGUAAAUUAACUUGAUGUAAUAAAAUUUGUGAGACAAAGGGUAUACAUUUUUUGUUAUUAAUUUCUUGCAUCUACAGCUGGAACGUGACUUGUCAUUCUAAAGAACUGAAUAGUUUUCAUUAAUUGGACAAACAAUACAAUUGCAUUAUAUACAAGCAAAAUGAGAAGUAUUCAUGUGUUUGUUCAUCCUUGGUGGACAAAAUGUGCUUCCUAGUUUACAGAUUAGUGUUACAGAUUAAUGAUUAGUGUUACACAUUUUCACCCCAAGUGUUUUAGAAUAAAUCUUGAAUUGUUUGUGAGAAUGCCAGGUAUUGUGAGAAGUAGAACUGUUUAUAUAUCUUAACUUUUAAAUGGUACCUCAGCACCUGGUGGUUUAUUAUGCUGAAAUCCUGCUGGCAUUCAUGAUAUCUGAUGUAUAAUGAAUGAGUUUGCAUGCAGCUGCUUUAGUGUAAAGAUCUGUUUAGAUUUGCAUUAACCAUGGUUCAAUUAGACAAAACUUCUUAAAAUAGAGCACCUAUAGGGUUUAAGUUGUCAUAAACUACAGUGAUGAGGUAUAAAGAUUGGGUGUAGUAUAUGAAAUUAUAAUGCAAAACCAAUAUAACCCUGGUAUAUACCACAUUGCAUGAAUGUUACCAUGAUUUUUUGUAUAUGAAAAUUUUGAUUCUUUCACUCACCUUUCUGAUUUGUGUCCUUGGGAGCUAUAUGUUAUAAAGUUUCAAUUAAAGCUGUGCAUUGAACGCAGGCAACUGUUUAAACCUGAAAGAUAUUUAUAUCAAUGAUAUAAAUCAAGUUUUGAAUGAAACUUGUAACUUGCCUCAAUUUACUAAUUAUACAUCAAUUUUAAUUACACAAAACAAUCUUGGUUAGUAAUUUUUUUCACCACUUAAUUUUACUUCAGCACCUCAUGGAGUCAUAGAGAGAUACCACAUGGAAACAGGUUCUUUCAUCAACCACUAACAACCCAUUUGGAUUAAUUCUGCAUUAAUCCCAUUUAUUAUUUUCCCCACUUUCUCAUCAACUCCCCCUAUUUCUACCACUUAUCAAUACACUAGUGAUAAUUUACAAUGGUCAAUUAAUAUUUGAACAAAUGGAUCAUAGGGACCUGAAUGAAAUUUCUGCUUUUAAUGAUUCAAAUGUAAAUUGAAUUAAAAAAUUUAUAUUUUGGAAGGAAGUUUUCCCCAAGUUUCUGCUUAAAAGUUUAAGUAUGGUGCUAAAUGCAAAACCUGCAAUAAGCCAAAGCAACUAGGCCACACUUCAGAAAGUGUUCUUUUCAUAGUUUCAUUUUAGAAAUAUUUGCUGAUGUAUUUCAGAGUAGUAACUGAACACAGUUGAAAACAAGCUAGUAUCAAUUUUCAUCAAUGUAGCCUACCACACAUGAACAACUUAAUAUUAUGCAAAUGACAAAUAUUUUGUACUAUGCACAGCCAAUAUCUUAUUUCUUUUAUAAGUUAAUGUAUUUAAAAACUUGUCUAUUAAUGUCAAUAAAUGGUUAGCAUUUAAAAUUGAGAUAAGGGAGGAUAAGGUUGUGGAUGGACUAGAGAAGCAGGCAUUGCUCUUUAGGACAGAUGAGCUUGUGAGAAGACCUGAAAGAACCAGGUGUAAAGUCUGUAGAUGAACUGUCCCUAUCAAGAGAUCAAGAACAAAGGGCUAUAAAAUCAAAGUGAAUGGCAGGGAGCCUGAAGUAACAAAAGGGAAAAUAUUUUUAUGUAGCAAGUACUUAGAGUCUGGAAGAGUAGAAAUGUCCGCCCCUAAUUAUAAAUUGUGAAUAAAAACUCACAGACCUGUAACAUGAAUUCUGUUCCUAUCUUUGCAGAUGCAGCCUGGCCUGCUAAGUAUUUUCAGCAUUUUAUUUAAUUUCAAAUUUCCAGCAUCUGCCCUUUUUUCUUAUUUCUUUUCCUGGAAUGAAAACUCAGUGUGCUCACAUCAACAAUAUCCUGUACAGGCCUGGGCUCCAAACCCAGGGAAGGGAAGUGAGUACAGCAGAAAUUUACCUGACUUGAUUUGGUGGAUUUAUUGUGUGAGAAAAGAUUAAUCAGACUGUCCCAAACUUCCUCAAGUUUACAAGAAUGAGAGGGAGAGAGUCCUGCAGCACAAGAACAGUCAUCUUGCCCCACCAUGUUCAUGCCCAUUAUCAAGGACUUGUCUGCUAGAUAGUCUAAUUGAAGCAUACACAAUUGUUAUGGUUAGAUUGAGGGCAUUAUUUUCCUUCACUGUGGUGUUAGUUUCAAACUAAGGAGUCGGAACAGUCAGAUGUGAAAAAAUGUGGAAAGCAAAUUAAAUCGCAGUUGCUGGAAUUUGAAACAAAAUGUUCUGAACGUUGUGAGGGAGAAUCCCUAACAUGAAACAUUAACAAGUUCAUCUUUCCACAUUUGCAGCUUGACUGGAUGAAUUUCUUCCCCCAGAGGGUAGUGAAUUUUCUAAUCAAAAGGGCUUCAAACCUCUGUCACUGAGUAUGUAUAAGACCAGUAGUUGUUUGAAUGUUGAUGGCGGUAUCAAGGAAUACGGGGUUAAGGCAAGAAUGUUCAGAUAAAGUAAAAGAUUGCUUUGAUCUUAUUGAAUGUUGAAGCAAAGAUGAAAUGGCCUAAACAUGUUAUUUCUUGUGUUCUUAUCAAAUUCACUGCCCUGAUUAUUCACGAAAGCAAAUUCAUUUGUGGAAUUCAAAAGGGAGUGAAAGAACCAGAUAGAGACUGCAGUCAGUAAGGCAAAUAUCCACCUUGCUGUAAUUGUGAUUUUGAGAAUCUGGUUCUUAUUGCAAGCUUGGGAGGGGUUGUCAAAUCUGUCCCAACCUCAGUAACUGGCUGCCACGUGGAGUUCACAGAUGGCACCCGUCCUCACUGAACUCUGUGCCAGCUGGAGCUGGUGCAGGAUCUGAGAACACAUGGUUUUUCAAUAGGGAUUUUAGGCCUGCAGGUCAGAAGGCGAAGGGGAAAUUAAAAUUAUUAAUAAUUUUGCUGAAAUAAUUCAAAACACUAAAUUGUAAAAGAUGUGUUUAUAUUAUUCAAUAGUUUUUAUACUUCAUUUUUAAUAGUUUUUAAAUGUCUCUGUCGGAAAUUUAUAAAUGUAAUUGACAGCUUUGCCAAGAGAUAAAGCUUUUCCUUCUGCGAAAACACAUCAUGCCGGUGGGAAGAGCCAAUAAGAAAGGCUUUCCAUAACUGGCCUAAAUAAGUUUGUCAGUAAUUCUGGGUGAUGGAUCUAGAUCUGACUGCAAUUGCUUACAAAUGUUGCUUUUAAAAACCACUGCAAAAGAAUUGUAAAAACUUCAGUUGCACUAUACCUAACCUGACAUAAUUUUGCUGCCUUUUGAACUGGGUUCAGCUGAUUUUGAGCAAAUUUAUUGUGGUAAAUAUCAACUCUAUUAAGAGACACCAGGUCUGUGAAUAAGUACAAAUUAAUAAAUGUUUUGCUGCAUUGUGUUCAACUCAAUGAGAUGUAAUGCUUCACAUUCAAUGUAUAGAGCUGCAUAUAGAACUCAGUGUUGCUGUUAGUUUGCAUAUAUGUUGAGUUGAUGAUUCUGAUGGAACUGCCAUUGUUGUUUUGAGGGUGUUGCUUAAAGCAGCAGUUUACAAGCCUAAUUUAUAAAAUAAAAAUAAACCAACAUAGAUUUCAUUUGUUUUGGCUGAGAAACAAACCAAAACAUCAGAGCUUUUUUUUCAAAUUAUUGAACGGUACUUUGAUCUUUGCUGUGUACCACGGUAUCAGUCUUCUAUCUUUAAACCAUAAGAUAUAGGAGCAGAAGUAGGCCAUUCGGCCCAUUGAGUCUACUCCACCAUUCAAUCAUGGGCCAAUCCAAUUCUUCCAGUUAUCCCCACUCCCCUGCCUUCUCCCCAUACCCUUGAUGCCCUUUAAUAGUGUCCUGUAGAGCACUACAUCCCAGUCCAUCCUCAGGAUAAAGAAAAUUGGUUAUUGCCUAUUCUGGAGAUUAAUUUCUUAAUUACUGAAUAUACAGGAAUGAAUGAAGGUCUUAAUUGAAUAAAAUGUAUGGUAUUGACAAUUUACUUAUAAAUAUCUUGGAACUGCAAGGAGGCCAGUGAUUUUAAAAGAGGUGGAUUUUACUAAAACAGCAAGCUGAGACAUUACUAAUGUGUAUUCAACCUUGGAAUGUUUGUUGCUGUUAACAUGCAUCUAAAGGAGUGACGUGUGAAAUUUCUCUGGAUCCCUCACGUGUGGCCUUCAUUUGGAGAUAAGGAUUUAAUUUUGUCUGCCAUUGCGUACAAUAUGUACUGCUGCUGGGCUGCCUUUCCCUAAUAGAAUUAAGAAUCACUCUUUGCAGCUCUUUUCUAAGUUUUUAGAAUUAUAGAUGAGCAUCUCUAGCAUUCAAAACAACUAAAAUAGGCAGUGAAAUCAUGUUCUACUUUUAAACCAACUAUUUUUAAUU